AUGCUUGGGCGGUACCUGUCACGUGCAAGGCACAGAUGUACGCCAACAAAUACUUUUUUUCGGAGCGGAGACAAUUACGGAACUAAAUCUGCAAUAUUUCUCGAACCUCACCGACGAUAUAUAGACGAAAGAGAGGACCCUCCUUUUGCGUUAAGAAGACCUGCGUCGAGAAACAACGAUCGAACUGUUGCCUCGCCUUUCUAUACACUCGUGUCCUGUCUUUGCACAAGGAUCGGGCAUAGAAAAUCCAAAAUGAAGAAGUUGAAAUUCGAUAACCAAAGCCUUCGUUCAUUACCGGUGGAUACUUCACUUGAUAUGAAAUCGCAACGUAGUGUACCAGGUGCUUGUUUUUCUCGAACCUUGCCCACCCCAGUGAUUAAUCCCCAAAUGGUGGCAAUGUCCCCUAGUGCCAUGUCCUUGCUUGAUUUGUCACCUGCCGAUAUGGAAACUGAAGAAGCUGUUCAGUACUUUUCAGGAAAUAAAAUUAUGGAAGGCUCAGAACCAGCUGCUCAUUGCUACUGUGGCUAUCAAUUCGGAGUAUUUGCAGGUCAACUCGGGGACGGAGCUGCAAUGUACCUGGGGGAAGUCAUCAAUGACAAAAACGAACGAUGGGAAAUCCAAUUAAAAGGGGCUGGUUUGACUCCUUACUCUCGAUCUGCUGAUGGCCGAAAAGUGUUGAGAAGUAGUAUUCGUGAAUUUCUUUGUAGUGAGGCCCAUUAUUACUUAGGCAUCCCAACAACUCGAGCUGGGACUUGCAUUACAUCUGAUUCAACUGUGAUACGAGAUAUCUUCUACAAUGGAAAUCCAAUAGAAGAAAAGUGCACUAUUGUACUUCGGAUUGCUCCAACAUUUUUACGAUUUGGGUCAUUUGAAAUCUUCAGAGGGGAAGACAGUUUAACCAGUCGAAGUGGCCCAAGUGCUGGAAAUAAGGAAUUAUUAAUUCAACUGUUAGAUCAUUCCGUGAAGAUGUUCUAUCCAGAGAUUUGGGAAGCGCAUCAACACGAAAAGGAAGAAAUGUAUUUAGCUUUUUACAAAGAAGUUGUUCAAAGAACUGCCAAACUGGUUGCUGCCUGGCAGUGUGUUGGAUGGUGUCAUGGAGUCCUCAACACUGACAACAUGAGCAUUUUGGGCCUCACCAUAGAUUAUGGACCUUUUGGUUUCAUGGACAGAUAUGCUGAAGAUUUCAUUUGCAAUGCAUCAGAUGAUGGUGGAAGAUAUGCAUACAACAAACAACCUGAAAUCUGCAAAUGGAAUUGUCAAAAACUUGCAGAAGAUAUUCAGGAUGCAUUGCCACUUGAGAAAAGCCUGUCUGAACUCGAGGCAAUAUUUGACAGAACCUAUGAAGAGGAAUACUUCAGUAGGAUGAAGAAAAAGCUUGGCUUUUUGAAGCAUAAUGAUAAACAAAGAGAUAUAAUCAAUUCCUUAAUGAAAGUUAUGAAUGAAACAGGAGCAGAUUUUACCAACUCUUUUCGUUGUCUAAGCAAGUUGUCUUUUGGCAGUUGCCCUGGUCAAAGCCAGGAAGAGAUUCUGGAUUAUCUGUUAUCAAAUUGUUGCUCGGUUGAGUUACUCAAAGCAGAUACAAAACCUCGCAUCCAUCAGAGAGAAAUACAAAUGGUGAUUACCAUUGCUCAAACACAUCCUGAACUUCUUGAGCAGUUGGGACCUGGUGUCAUGAAAGUUUUUAAUGAAUUGAAAAGAUUGGAUAAAGCAAGACAAUUAGCUAAUAUAACACAAGAAGAAAAAGAACAGAAAGAUAAAGAAUCUUGGAAGAAAUGGCUGUCAGAAUACAUGGAAUUGGUAGAGGUCGAUGCUGUUGCACAUGUGGAUAUUAAGACAUACUGGGAACAAAGAGUACAACUUAUGAACAGUAAUAAUCCCAGGUUUAUCUUACGGAAUUACAUUGCUGAAAAUGCCAUCAAAGCUGCCGAGGAAGGUGAUUACUCUGAGGUGCAGCGUGUUUACAAACUCUUACAGAAUCCUUAUUCUGAACAACUGGAUAUGGACAUCUCUUUCACUGAUCAAAUGAUUGCACGAUGGGAUUCCUCAUCUCAAAGCUCAAAUUCUGUUGCCGCAGCCACAGGAGCUCCCAGCCACUGUCACAUGCAAUAUGACAGUAAACCACCUGAGGGGGCAUGCCAAUUACUCUUCUCUCUCUGUCUCUCUCAUAUCAACUCUUCCCCUUCUCUCUCAGCAAAUCUUUUCAUCACCUUUUCUCUCAGCAAAUCUUUUCAUCACCUUUUCUCUCUCUUACGCUAUCACCUUUUCUCUCUCUCAUCACCUUUUCUCUUUCUUUCUUUCUUUCUCUCCCUCUUUUUGCACCUAUUAGAUCGUUUUAAAUUAUCUAUCAUCACAUUUCCAAUCAACAAAGUUCUCUCCCUGGUGACCAACUCCCUUCUUUCUUCACUUAUUUUCUUUCCGUCCACCUGGAAAUUACGCUUUUCUUUUAUGGCCACUAGAAGGUGGAAAUUUACAUAA